UUUUAAUAAUUUGUUGACAAAUAAUGACAUUAAACAGCAAAAGACAAAAAACACAUUGUAAAAACAAACACUUUGGACCUUGUAACAAUGACAGGAACAGUUUGAAGCUAUAAAAUGGUUGACCUAUAGAUUACUUGUAUGUACUCUGCUGUUAUGGACUGGCUAAAAAUGACUUCAAAAGUAAUAACUGGACAGUCUGCACUACAUAAAUGUCAAAGUUUUCUCUUUACAAGUAUUUGUUAGGGUGACAUCUUGUGCAGCUGAGCACACAUCUCCACAAUUGUGAGUGUAGGAAACAUAAUCAAAUCAAUAAUAUUAUCAAUUCCUUACUGCUUUUAACUCUUUGGGUCAGCAAACAUGCUGUAUCCAAUCAUUCACUUUAUUUACGCUCUGAAUACAAUGAAGGCCUCAUUCAUUUCUAGACACAUAAUGAGAAAGAGACUAUAUAAACAUUCAUCAACUGAUAAAAGGGACCGCUGCAAGUCAAAUAAGAUUAAAUUAAGAACCUGGACUGCCCUAAGGAAACAACUUAGUCAAGUUUUGCAUGUCUCCAUGUCUGAACGUCCUCUGAUGCCCAUUUUUCCCACAGCACGGGAACGCAGCACACUUUAACAAGGCCCAGUGCCUGAAAGUCAUUUGUUUUCCCUGAAUCGGACUGACUGGAUUGGAUGGCCGCGGGUUCCGCCCACAAACACACAAGGUGGAGUUGAAAAGAAAAAACAUGCUGGGCCAAAAUGAAGCUGUCAAACAGCCGCUUACAAUUUACUAAAAGCGCCUUUGGAGCAAAGUAAAGAGACACGGACGCUGCAUGGCGGAGCUUCCAGAUAGUUCUCGUCUAAAAAAGUGGCAAAUCUGGCACUGAUAAGUAAAAACCGUAAAGUUUUGUAUUGUUUAUUUUAAGUUAACGGAUGAGCCAGUUGCAUUAAAUUGGACAACUUUCAUGAAGCUACCUGAUCAGACACUCGGGGCUGCAGAUGUGAGCGGCUCGGCCUCCGGGAGUCGACAAAUGAGCGCCCUCGGUCGUGUUGAGAAUCGACGGUCGGAAAAAAUGUCUCGGCGUGGCGAAAUGGUUGGAUGGAGAGAGACGAGCUGCUGCGCGCUGACUGGAGGGAGACAGCGAGUGAGAUGGAGGCGGGGGGGAAGGACCAUCUCUGCGGGGACUGGAGCCCAGGACCGACGGCGCAGUGCUGGCUAUCGUUCAACCCUCCCCUUCUUCCUCCACAACGACGCCGAGGCUCACGCCGAGAGACAGAUUCAAUACAGUGCACUCACAAAUGAAUGGAGUAAUGGAGGCAGCGACCCAAGGCCAAGUGUGGGCGCAGGAUGACCUCUUAAAGCUGCUGGAGGCAAUGAAAGUUGCUCUGCCACAGAAAGACCUGACUAAAUACAAAACCUCAGAGUCCCACCUCGACUGGCAGAAGGUGGCUUUCAAUUCCUAUACAGCAGAGAUGUGUAAGCAGAAGUGGCAGGAGGUCUCUAAAGAGAUUCGUAAAUUCAGGACCCUAACAGAACUGAUAUUUGACGCUCAAGACUACAUAAAGAACCCCUACAAGGGCAAGAAAAUAAAGAAACAUCCAGAUUUCCCCAAGAAGCCUUUGACUCCAUACUUCCGUUUCUUCAUGGAGAAGAGGGCUAAGUACGCAAAGUUGCACCCCGAGAUGAGCAACUUAGACCUCACUAAGAUCCUCUCCAAGAAGUACAGGGAGCUGCCCGACAAAAAGAAGAAAAAAUAUGUUGAUGACUUCUUACGAGACAAGGAAACAUUUGUGCAGAGCAUGAUGAAAUUCAGGGAAGAGCAUCCAGAUCUUGUGGAGAGCAUGACCAAGAAAGGCUCAAAUGUACCAGAGAAGCCCAAAACACCCCAACAGUUGUGGUACAACCAUGAAAAGAAAGCCUUCCUUAAGACACGUCCAGAUGCGACCACCAAAGACAUUAAGGACGGUCUUGGCAAACAGUGGACGCAGCUGUCUGACAAAAAGAGGCUCAAAUGGAUCACAAAGUCCCUGGAACAGCAGAAACAGUAUGAGGAGACCAUGCGGGAGUACAUCCAGCAGCACCCAGAGUUAAACAUGACCCAGGGGGAUAUUGUAAAGUCCACCCUGACCAAGGCAGAGAGGCACCUGAAAGACAAAUCAGAUGGCCGACCUGACAAACCUCCUCCAAACGGUUACUCGAUGUUCUGCGCCGAGCUGAUGUCGAGCAUGAAGGACGUUCCCAGCACAGAGCGUAUGGUGAUGUGCAGCCAGCGGUGGAAGCUGCUGAAGCAGAACGAGAAGGACGGCUACCAGAAACGCUGCGAACAGAGAAAGAAGGAGUAUGAAAUGGAGAUGAACAGAUUUCUCAGUAGCUUAUCAGAGGAGGAGCAGCAGCGAGUGUUGGGUGAGGAGAAGAUAGGUUUUAAGAAAGGCAGUGGAGCCAACAGUCCUGCCUCCAAAAAGAAAAACGCCAAAGCAAAGACCAAUCCAGAGAAGCCUAAAAGGCCCAUUUCAGCCAUGUUCAUAUUCUCUGAAGAGAAACGCCCCAAAUUGCAGCAGGAGAGGCCAGACCUGUCCGACAGCGACGUCACAAGACUCCUGGCUCGCAUGUGGAAUGAGCUGCCAGAUAAGAAGAAGGAGAAGUAUAAACGUUUAGAAACGGUCCUGAAAGCAGAGUCGGAGAAGAAGGAAAAGGAGGAUCGUAGUCGUCUGCCAGACCCGCCCAAAACUGCACAGGACAUCUGGCAGCAGAGCGUUAUAGGAGACUACCUGGCCAGAUUUAAGAAUGACCGGCCAAAAGCACAGAAAGCAAUGGAAGGGACCUGGAGCACCAUGGAGAAGAAAGAGAAGAUCAUGUGGAUCAAAAAGGCAGCAGAGGACCAGAAAAGAUAUGAGAGGGACCUGUGUGAGAUGCGCUCGCCUGCAGCUGCCAUUGCCUCAGGGAAGAAGAUGAAGUUUGAGGGUGAACCCAAGAAGCCACCAUCAAACGGAUAUCAGAAGUUCUCUCAGGAGAUGCUGUCCAAUGGAGAGCUGAAUCACCUCCCCAUGAAGGAGCGCAUGGCUGAGAUCGGCAGCCGCUGGCAGAGGUUGCCACUGAAGGAGAAAGAUCGCUACAAGAAGAUCGCAGAGGAGAAGCAGAGGCAGUACAAAGUCCUGCUGGAGCAGUGGCUAGCUAGCUUGUCUUCACAAGAGAGGAACACUUACAAAGAAUAUAAUUCACAAAAAAGGAGAACUACAGCGAAACCAGGAGGCCCCAAGGCAAAGUCCAAGAAAUCUGACACCGAGGAGGACGACGAUGACGACGAUGAGGACGAGGACGAAGACGAAGACGAGCAGGAGAAAGCAUCCUCUGAGGCAGACUCGUCCAGUGAGGACGACGAGGAAGACGAUGACAAGGAGGGCGAUGACGACGACGACGAUGAAGAUGACGACGAAGACGAUGACGACGACGACGAGGCGGAAGACAAGGAGAACAAGUCGGAGGACAGCAGCAGCGAGUCGAACUCGCAGGGGACGUCGGACUCUGAUUCAGACUGAGGCGGAGGCCGGCGUCGUCCCGAGACGAACUGAGCAGCGCUGAGCUGAGCCAAGAGUCAAGGGAGCUCUGCCACUGUGCCAACCCUGCUCUCCUCCCACCACCAGAGGGAGCCCUUGCAUUGCCUCAUCCAUUUCACUCUUUGUGUUGCUGGUGAUCUGUUCUCAAGGAGGGACCCUGCCCCGAACUCCAAAAUCAGUUUAGCUCCCUCCCCGCUGUGCGACGGUCACAUAAAUGCCAAAAAAAAAAAAAACAACAAAAAAACAAACAGCAUCCCACUGGUUUGGUGAUGUCAUGAACGUUUCUGCCGCUGGUUUCAAUCUGGACUCACAGGUUCAAUGGUUUCGGGUUAGAGUUUUAACGCGUAGGGUAAAGUGACUACCCUCCAGUGUUUGUUAGUUUUAGAGUUCUGGUUGUUAGUUACAGUCAGGUGGCAGGAGUUGUAAACAGGCUUCAUUGAGCCAAAGAACAUAGCCCGGUGGAUCACUUUAGGGAGCGGGGGGAUGUGCGGGGUACUGAAAAAAUUGCACUCUUCAGAAUGUUUCCUUUUAAUUCCUUUUUUUUUUUCCAGAACAUUGUUGUUGUUGUUGUUCUCUAUUCUCAACUUAUGAUGUAGAUUUUAUAAUUUGGUUCUUAAAGAGGUGGUAUUUUUUUCAGGAAAAAAAAAAAUCAAGCCAUUAUGAAUGUCUUUGUUUUUGUUGCUGGAAAAGUUUUCAGAUUUUGUUACUUACCCAUGUUCUCAUUUACCAAGAAGCUACAGUGCCUAUAAAGUGUUCACCCCCCACUUGGACUGUUUUGUUAUUUUACAAGACUGGCCUGAAGUAGAUGUAAUUAGGCCAUUUGACACCAAUCGGCGUAGAAGAAAGUGAAUGUCGGUGUGUUUCAAAGUGCUGCAGGCUUUACGGCACAGAAGUAAACAUGAUGUUGAUAUCAUCUUAUAAAACUGUGAGGUUUUCUUACGCUGCGCUGAAAACGAAUCGUUACAAAUCCAUCUAGAUUAAGCACAAAUAUAACAAAACAUUUGAUUACAUGUUAUUUAGGUGCACAGGAACCUUUAAAGGAUGGUAAUUUACUGUCAGUUUUUUUCUGUGUCUUCACCUAAAAACGACUAACAAGCUGUUCGGGCUUCCAGAUGCAGGUAGAAAUAGGUCUGUAGUUUUAUAUUUGUACUUAAUUUAUUGCAAAGGUUGUUUUUACAUUGUCCAAAAAAAAAAAAACCCACCCUCAUUACAUCUACUGCGUUUCUCAUAUUUUAGAACAUGAACAUCCAGUGGGGGUUGAACAGGCGCUGCAGGAUCCAUCGCUGCGUGUCCAUCACUGAAAAGUUGUCGUCAAUCCGCCAGUCUUAAUCAGUUCUGUUUGACUCCGUUUAUUCAGCAGCUCGUUCUGGCCUCACCGCGAUGUGAACAGUGUGCGACCGGAGCGCUUUGUCAUUGAAGGGAUAACUCUCUGCAUUUUGAGCUCGAUGUGACUCUGUGUUUUUAAAAAAAAAAGAAAGAAAAAAGAAAAAAAAAACAAACAUGUUAUUUGUUUUACAAUUUAAGUUACAGUUUAUUUGCUUACAGGUUUGUGUUAAUCCAUCUGAAGCUGAAUGGUUGCAUUUAUUCUUUUAUUUUCAAGCUUGUCUUGAAAUUUUUAAAUGGUAUUGACUGUAAUCCAGUUGGGUUUUAGUCUGAUGCUUAUCCCAAAAAGAGUGUGCACUUAAUGUAAAUCUGUCCCUCUGUGUGAGUUAGUGUGCAUGCAUGCACAGACUGUAUAUGAGGGUGUGUGUGUGCGUGUGUGUUUCUUUGCUUUAAUGUGUGCUGUUUUUGCUGUUUUGUUGCAUUACCAUGAUGUGACUGCAGCGUGCAUGUAUGUGCCUGUGUGGGGACAUCAUACCAACACCAUGAAUGUAGAUAUUGUUUUUUUUUUUUUUCCUCCAAAGGUCUCUGCUGUCAUGCAUUGAUUACCUGAAAAUGGACUAUUGACAAGACUUCCAUGACUGUCAUUUUUGGGUCAGACUGAGUAUAUGGCAACUGUUAAUAAUUUGUUAGGACUGAUUUUGACCAUUAUGAAUCUCAUCACAGACUGAAACAAAAACCAGCGUGGACUAUUUAAAUACCUGGGGAGGGAAAAGGAAAGCGAUUGCUCGUAUAGACUGAUGGGAGUUUGUAAAAGGGAUCUGGGGGAACUGAGUUGCCAGUGGACUUGGGGUUAAAAAAAAAAAAAAAACUGUAAUUUUUCUGUAAAUACUGUUUUUUGUAUUGAGUGCUUAUUGUUUUUUUUUUGUUAGUACUUUAAUUUGGCAAAAACCCUCAUCUGUGAUUUCCGAGGCCAGUGAGUCUUUCACUCACGGGGGAGAAUUUUUGGUUAAAUUCACCUGUUUUAGUUGUUUCUUCUCUCCCUUAUGUUGGUUUAUAGAGAUAUCUAAGACAGCAAAGCUUUACAAGUUUGUACUGCUGAUCAUUUGACAGAAUUUGAUGUUUUCUAUAGCUGAGGGUGUUCUUAUGUCCUUGUAGUUCAAGUAUUUGGGCAAAUAAAAAAUGAUCUUUAACAGGUAAAA